CCCAAGUUACUAUGACUGAGUUCAGCGAUCCCAAACCAAACUUCAAUUCUAUCGAUAACUAAAAUUAUUAACAAUUAGUCUCGUCUGGAAUUGAAAUCAAUCCAAUUCUAAACAUUCUUAAUUUUUCUUAUGGAAACUUUUUCGAAGAAAACUCAAAUUGAAUCUAUUACUAGAAGACUUGGUUAUUCACACUGCUUUGUGGUGGAUUGUAUGGGGCAUAAAGGCGGGCUAGCUUUGAUCUGGGGGGAUCAUAUACAGGUGACAGACUGUCAGUUGUAGCUUCAUCUCCUCAUUAUAUUGAUUCCCAUGUUUGCAUAGAACCUGGAACUCAUGCGUGGAGGUUCACGGGAUUUUACGGGUGUCCGGAGAGGGAUAGAAGGCAUGAGUCUUGGAGCAUGCUAAAAAAUCUGAGUUUUAGAGAUGAAUUGCCAUGGCUCGUAAUUGGUGAUUUUAAUGAUCUCCUAUACUCAUCUGAGAAGAGAGGAUCUAUUCCCCAUCCACAGUGGCUUUUGAGGGGGUUUAGGGAGGCGGUAUGGGCUAGCGGAUUGACCAACUUCCCGUUUGAUGGUUAUCAAUUUACCUGGGAACGGUGGCGGGGUCCCCGGGCUGAUUCAAAGAGAAAUUGGACCGAAUCUUGGUAUCAGACAGUUGGUUAGAUAUUUUUGGAGAGGCUCGGGCAACAUCGCUUGAAGGUGCCCCGAGUGAUCAUUUACCAUUGUUUAUGUCCCUACGGCAAGAAGGGCGUACCUAUAGAAGAAGGAGGUUCAAAUUUGAGAAUAUGUGGCUUCGGGAAGCUGACUGCCGUGAAGUGGUGUAGUAAAGUUGGGGUAUUGGUAGACCUUUGGGUGUGAUGGGGCAGGUUGAACAAUGUGCAAAAGAAGCUGGUCUUUGGGGCAGUAGACGAAAUAGAGGUUUCAAGAGGAGAAUUGAGUACUACAGCCAGAGACUUCAGGAUUUGCGGAGUAGAUAUGAUAGCAGGAGUAUGGCGGAAUUUAGCAGGGUCAAACAGGUUUAUUUGGGACUCCUUGAACAACAAAACACCUUUUGGAAACAGAGAGCGAAGGCCUUUUGGUACAAAGAAGGUGAUAUUAACUCAAAGUAUUUUCAUAACAUGGUCAAGCAGCGGAGGAGAAGUAACCAUGUACAAGGCUUGAUGGUGGAAGAUGGACGGUGGGUCAAUAAUCGUGAGGAGGUGGGGGAGAUGAUCGAGGAUUAUUAUGCUAUAAUCUUUUCUUCUGUGCAAUCUCCCGGAGAGUAUCCCAAUUGGUCGGUACCUAUGAAGUUGAGUGAGGAGCAUAAUCUAAAUUUGCUUCGGCCAGUGACCUAGGAGGAGGUUCGGAGUGCCCUGUUCGCUAUGCACCCAAGCAAAUCUCCUGGGCCAGAUGGACUUAGUCCGGCUUUCUACCAGUAUAUAUGGGAUGUAGUGAGUCCAGAUAUUGUUGGAUAUUGUAGGAAUGUCUUUGAGUAUGGUAAGUUACUCUUGGUAAAUUGAUGUAACGUACCUC